UUUCGGGAUCCAAGGUCACACUUGUUUGACCUUUUUUGGAGAUGAGGUGUGUUAUAUCAGUCAAAGGACGAAUUCAUCUUCGGCUGUUUUCCUCUGAAGCUGAAUAAUCAGAAUUAUUGUUUAUUUGAUGUUAAAUUUUUAUCAUGGUCCGUCUACUUUCUGUUUGGCUUGAAUUCUGCAUAUUGUGACCUAAAGUUUCACACUUAACGCUGGUAAUGGAUUAUUCGUGUGGACUCGGUCCUCAUUUAAGCGGGUCACUCAAACGAAGCAACAAUUCUCGACGUUCUAUUUCUUCAUCAAAAUAUAUUGGGGGAAUUGACUGGCAUUUACGCAAUCAAUUUACAGAACAGCUAAAAUGUUUAGAUCUCAAAUUAGAUAUUGAUUCUACUGUAGUCGCUGAACUUCAGGAUUUUUAUCGUCGACGUGCUAGUGUAGAACAGGAUUAUGCAGAUGCUUUAGCUAAACUUGCCAACGGAUUAAAACAACGUCAUGUGAAUGAGACAACAAAACGUCCUCAUUGGGCUCCGUAUACAGCAACUACUAUAUGGAAUACAUUACUUGGUUCAACAUUGCAUCUAUCUGAAGCUCACGCAACUUUAUCUGAUAUCUUCUCAAAACAAAUGGUUCAACGUUUAGCUGAUAUGGAUGAAGAUGCUGUUCGUUUGCAUAAACAGUGUCGCGAAAUGAUGUCCGCAUGUCAAGAUCGUGUUUUGGCCAAUACUACUAAACUCCAAGCAGAUCAACGUGAAUAUGCACAUAGACAAGCUGCAACAUUAGAGGCCGAUCGAAUUCGUCGUCGUGCUGAAGAUAAAUUGUUAGCUGCUAACCAAAAAGCACGUAGUAAAGGUAAAGAUCCUGAUAAUAGUCAACGGUCUAUGCGAGCUCAAAACGAAUUCGACUUGAAACAAGCAAAUUUUAUCAAUGCAACUUUAUCAACAACUCGUGCACGAAAUGAAUAUUUAGUCCAAUUGGCUGCUACUAAUCACAGUGUUCAACGUUAUUUCACUCAAGAGGCUCCGGAUAUAGUUGAGUGUUUAUUUUGUGGUUUUCACAAUAGUCUCGCCCGUUCAGCGAUGAUGCAUUUAAGUUGUGAAGAAACAUUAAAAUCAUGUCAUGGUUCUAUUGUUGAAAUGUUGAAUAGAAAUAUUACAGCACUUGAUUUACGACAAGAUAAAGCAUGCUUUUUUAAACGUAAUGAACAAGUGUAUACACGUCCAGGUUAUUUUACAUUUAUGCCAUCUAAAGAAGAUAUGGAAGAUCAUAUUCGUACAGAUGGUCCAUUGUAUGAUGAACUUCAAACAACAGCUUCCCAACUUGUCGCUAGUAUUGAAAAACUCCGUGUAUCAACAGAUGAAACUUGGAAGACAUUGGAAGAGGUUGAAAAAAAGUUAUUAGAAUUAAUCAAUCAGAAAGACUAUGAUGUCUCACGAUUGUUUUGCAUUGAAAAACCUCGUUCAAGGCGUUCACUUAUUGGUGCUGCCGGUGGUGGUGGUGGUGGUAGUGUUUCAUCAGCUGUAUCAAAUAAUUUAACGACUUCCAACCCUUUAGGUAGUAGUAUAGGUAGUAUUGGAACAGGUUCUGUUACUUCGUCAUCAUCGUCAUCAGCCUCACCUGGUACAGUCAAUUCUACGAAUGUACAUCCUAAUCCGCAGGUAUUAUCUACAACUGGUCGGAGUACAAGCCCUGGUUUACUGCCUAGUUCAGCAGUUGUCGUGAAUCAAAUCAGUAGUCUACAGGAUACUCCUAACUUAUCAACUGUAUCCCAGAUUAAUCAUUCAGGCUCAACUACAUUUGGUGGGAACGACCCAUCUCAGGCUGGCUUAUAUCUUAGUCUCAGGUCAUUGUUUCGUGAUGCUAGAAUUGAACAAGAGAAAUUCUAUUUGGAUAGAUUUGCACACUACACCCAAGAAAUGCACAUUUGUCAACUAAUGCAGGUAAAACUUGCACAAAUCCAGAAUGCAUUAGCUUCUUCACAACCGAACUCACAUGAACCAAUACCACAAGCAUCAUCUUUUCAAAACCUGAAAUCCAUGCUUCGACAUGGUAUCCCUGUUUUACCAAAACUUCCUGGAUGCAAAGAGUUUACGAAAAAUCCUAAAUUACCAGCUUCGCCAACUUCACCAACUUCUCAUCAUUUGAAAAUUGACAGUUCUUCGUUUUCACCACCUCCACCUCCACCUCCUGUUCCUGCUCCUGCUCAUCAAGAUGUAUUGAAUUCACCUAUCCUUGCAUCAUUAUCUCAUUGUGAUCUAACGUCCACACCCGUAUCUAGUCCUUCAUUUUCCAAUCGUACUGUAAGUCCUGGGAGUCAGUCUGUUCUAGUCAGUAAGCAUCAAGCACGUCGUGUCCUUCGUGUGCCAAAUGUUGGUAAACCGAAACUGUUUGGUGGCACCAUAGAUGAAUAUGUAGAAGCUACCAAGCAACCUAUCCCUUGUAUUAUACUAUCGUGCACUCGUGUUAUUAAUGAAUUUGGAAUGCAUCAACAAGGUAUAUUUCGUGUAUCUGGCAGUCAAGCCGAAAUUAAUGACUUUAAAGAUGCUUUCGAAAAUGGUGAUGAUCCUUUAAUUGGUAUUCAUGAGCCAAGAGACAUAAAUUCAACUGCUGGACUAUUAAAAUUAUAUUUUCGUGAACUCGGUGAACCUCCAUUUCCGAAUACCAUUUUCUUAGAACUCAUCAGUAUAACACGUGAACACCUAGAAAUCAAUGAAAUGAUUCAACGCUUGCGUCAUGUAAUUACUCAAAAUUUGAGCAGACCAGUUUUCGUUGUAAUGAGAUAUUUAUUCGCAUUUUUGAAUCAUGUAUCAGAAUAUUCUAAUGAGAAUAUGAUGGAUGCGUAUAAUUUGGCUAUUUGUUUCGGUCCAACAUUAAUGCCUGUUCCAAGUGAAUAUAAUCAAGUACAUUAUCAACCAAGUGUUAUUGAUUUAGUCAAAAUAUUCAUUAUACAUCAUUUAGUAAUUUUUGAUCAUUUACUACCUGGACCUGUAUAUAUUAAAAAUAAAUAUAAUAUUAUUAUUAAUAAUAAUAAUAAAACAACAACUCAUAAAUCUAUUACCAGUUUAGAUUCACAUCGUUUAUCACUUUCAUCAAGUACUGUUAUUGAAAUGAAUACCGAUAAAAAACAUAUUAUAGAUGAUAAUAAUAAUAAUACAUGUCAAUUUUCAAUGGGAUUAAAGAUGAAACAUCAAUCAUCUACACAUUCGGAUCAUGUACAGAGUAAUGAUAAUCCUAAUAGUAAUAAUAAUGAUGAAACUGCAUCUGUGGAGUAUGUUAAAGCAUCAAGUAUUAACAAUCUAAUUGACAAUGAGACAUCAUCUUCAUCUAAACAAAAUGAAACUGUUCCAGAUGAUGAUUACGUGUAUGCUGAAGAAGAUGCUCAAUCUCUAUCUGAUAGUGAAGAUUCCGAGCCAGCUUACACUUUAGCCAUUGCUCGUGCAGAUUUUACCGGGGCAAGUGAACGAGAAUUAACAUUUCAUCGAGGUGAUGAGAUUUUCCUUUAUCGUCAAUUAAGUCAACAUUGGUGGGAAGGACAAUUAGCUUCAGAUUCGAGUUGUAGACGUGGUUUGGUACCACAUUUAUAUGUUGUACCAAAAGCUGCUCUACUACACCUUGCAACAUGUGAAGAUGAUGAACAUGGUGAUGAUAAUCAAUUGUUAGACGAGAUGACCAUUGAUAUGUCUAAAAAGAGUGGAUGUACAGCAAGUGAUGGUAGCUUGACUAAUUUAGAUCAUGUUGAUGCCGUUGAUAAUGUUGAUGAUGAUGAUGAUAAUGAUAACGAUGCAGAUAAUAAAAGUGCAGCAGAAAAUGGUAGUGUAAUCAGUUGGAAUAGUCCUUCUGAAAGUUCAAAUGAACAUAUACUUUCUGAUAUUAAUGAUGAUAAAGUACAAAAUGUAUCAGAGUCUGAAACUGGAAUUUCAAUAGAUGACAAAUUAAAUCAAUCGGUAACUACAAAUAUAUCUAAAACUAUUCAUGAUAAUCUUAUUCCCAAAGACAAAUCUACAAUGAUUCAAAAUUCUGAUAAAGGUAUAAAGUCGACUACCUGUAAAGAUAAUUCUAAUACUAUGUCAGAAUCUCACAGAUCUACCGAUAAAAAAUCAGAAUCCGGUUAUUCAGAUAAACUUGUAAUUCAUCGAUUUAAUCAACGUCAUACUAUUAGUUAUCCGGCUUUCGGACCUUUAGGUUCUGUUCCUGAAAAUGAAGUUAUACCAUCCAGUGAAUUGAAUCCAUCUUCUCCUACGUAUAACUUAAAUGAAGCAAAUAUUCGUUGUCAAUCUGUAGGUGAAGGAAGCUCACGAUUUUUGUUUAAUUCUGACGUUGAUACAGCCUUAGAAGAGGUCAUGCGUGGCUUGGCCUCUUUGGAACAGGCGGAUAGUCGUAAUAGUGAUUCCAGAACGUUAGAACGCAACCAAGAACUGACUCGUAAGCUUUGCUUACCCAGCGCGAAACACGCCCCAGAUUUGGUCAUGGAUCUUCCUGUAUCAUCGGAUUCUAAAGUGCAAAAAAGCACACCUUCCACCAGUUGUUCUCAUGAGGAGUCGGGUGACAGUUUCGCUGAACAUUUUGCCGAACAAACUUUGAAUACAAUGCGAAAGCGUUCCGAAACCCAUUCGUCACCUCUAUCUUCAGUAAAUUCAAGUCAAUAUCCUUCCAGUAGCGCUGGUAACACAAGCUGUGGAGAACUUGGCAGAGUCAUAUUACGAAGUAAAUCUAAUCAUGCAGUUCAGCUAGUGGAGGUUCCUCAAAGCUUGUCGCGUUUUAGUAGAGCAAGUUCUGAUGAGAAAAAACAUGAGUUAUCACAAGCUACCGAUGAACAACCAACUACUGAACCGAGACUUUCAAUAGCUGCUCGGGUAGCAGCUUUCGAAGCAACAAAAUCCGAUUCAUCUGGUUCUUCCAUACACUCUGCUCCAAAAUUAGCUCCUAAACCUAAAAGAAGCUAAAUUAUUUUAAAUAGUUGAUUGAACUCAGCAUUUAUUAUUAUUAGAUGAUUCCUAAUACCGAAACGAAAAAUUGCUUCAAUAAUCUGGUGUUAUUUAAAUGAUAACUUAUCCAAUCUCAUCUGUCGGAGUAUUGUGCCUAAUCAACGUAUAAAUAUAUGUAUACAUAGAGUGCUUCCUAUUUCUUCAAAAUCCUUACCAACUUCAUCAUCUAACAUGCUUAUUCUUUUUCACUAAAACUAGUUCCUUUAAAUUAAUUUUAAUUGUUAAAUUUGGUAAUAUUUAGCUUUUACAUUGAUCAAAACACGAUGAUUUUGAAAAUAAUUUGUUUUUUAUACACUGUUAGUAUUUUAAGUCUUUUUUUUAACGAAAAACGAACAGACAUUAUUCAUUAGUUUUGAUCUCCCAAAAUACUUUUAUGUCUAUAACGUUUAAUUCCUUCCAUGUGGUUGGUAUGUGUAUCUUUUCCGAUAUUAUUGGUCAUAAUAAUAAUAAUAAUAAUGAUAAACAAAUGUAUCUAUCGUAUGCAAUCUUAUGAUCAGAUUUUACUCAUUUCGAAGUGUGAAUGUACCACGAACAUUUUUAUUUUUAACCGGGUUCCGACUUCUUGAUCUUUCGUUUUUUUUCUUCUGAUUGUUUUUUCAUCUACUCUACUUUUUACUUAUAAAUUAUAUAUAUAUUCUACUUGGCCCAGUAUUUAGUUUUAUUUUAAUUCUCGUUGUUUUUGCACGUGCGACUUCCAUAUUUCUUACUCAGCUUAUCUUCCUUUCAUGUUGAUGCCUGGUUGCUAGCUUGCGAUGUAAUUUUUAAAGGUUGAUUCGACAGUGGCCGAAUUAGGGUACUGUUCGUUGUUUAAAAAAGACUACUUUUACUAACUGUAGACAUAUAUAUGCAAUGUGAGGUACUGUAGUGUUAUUACCUAUCCCGGUAUUCGAAUUUCAUUUUGUUUCACUCUUAUUCACAUUUGUGCGUAUUUGCGUACACUUGAAUAAGAUUAUCGAUGUACUUCCUCUAAAACUUAUUCUACAUUGUGUUUUUAGUUGUUAUAAAAAAGUUUAUGCAUAUUGACUCAAUUGGCUUUA